GCAUCAUACUUCUGGCGAUGGUGGAUCAUAUGUACCGAUUUCACUACAUGAAUAUUGGAGUGCCAGGCAGAUGCGACGACGCCAACGUGUAUGCAAGGUCAAGAUUGUCUGCGUUGGUCGAGGGCGCAUACUUCUCGUUGCCCGUAGCUGUGAUUGAGGAUGUUGAGGUGAAGCCAAUUAUUCUGUGUGACCAGGCAUCUCCACUUACAACCAACCUCCUGAAGCCAUUCACAAAUGCCUUGCCCCACACACACGAAGCUGCUUUCAACUAUAACCUAUCAAGGACGAGAUGCAUUGUUGAAAAUGCAUUUGGAAGGCUAAAAGGUCGCUUUAGGUUUAUUAUGAAGAGAAUGGAGUGCACCUUGCCCAAUGCAAAGCAUGCAAUUAGGUCGUCGUGUAUUUUACACAAUAUUUGUGAAGGUCUCAGAGACACUGUGGAACAGCAGUGGGAACACGAAGCCACUGCAUUUGAUGCUCUGUGUGAGCAACCAUCACAUACUACCACUGCAUCCACUGCGACAGGUCAUUAAGUCAGAGCUGCCCUUGCGCAAUAUUUCUGGCAACGGGCACAACAAAACACACAAUGAACUGAAACAUCACGUAGGAAGCAUACUUCGGGGUUUGUUUUUUAGUAUGCCUGAAGGAGUGUUUGGCGUCAGUUGAAGAGAUCACUUGAAGUAAAUAGAGAAAAUAGAAAACAGUUUAUUUGAAAAUACCACUAUUUUCCAACAAUUAUUUCUAAUACUGCUAUUAAGCGUGCUUCCCGCUCGGCAGCAGCUUCGUCGAGCCUCAUUUGCCGCUCACGCAUCUGAAGCUCCUUUUCUUUCGAUCUCUCCAAGCUGAAGCGAAGCUGCCGCUGCUCCUCGGCAACUUGCUAUAGCAGCAACUGCUGGGAGGGCUGCCGUUUCUUUAGGGCCUGUCGGUCGGCUCUCUUGCGAGCUGCCGGUGGUGUUGGUGCUUGGGAGCCCUCAAUGUCGGACAUGGGCACCAGCGGCAACGGGUUCUCAUUAGCGGUGGCCGAGCCCUGUGUUGUCGACAAAGUUUCGGCGUCUACAAGGACCCCAUCACCCACCGAGGCGUCCUCUUCCCUAUCAAAAUCGUUGCCAUAUUACAUGCUUGUGAUGAGUUGAAAAAAAAAAGAAUACAAUAAAAAUGCAUUUCAUUGUUACCCAAAUGUUACCCUUUUCUAAGCACUUCCCAAGGCGGACGUUGACUCGAACACCAUCGGCGAAAGUUCCGCCUCGAGUUAUAUCGACACUAGUCCGGUUCAGCAAAGUGGUGAUUGCUUUCAGCUACGUCACUGCGAGGGCCGCCUUUUUGUGCUGGUGGUCGAAGGGGACAUUUAUUGAACCCAUGACUGCCGCGAUCCUCGUGGUUUGGACUGCUUCUCGGCUGGUCCCGCCUGUUAAGCCCGCCUUCGUUCGAGGCAUCUCUGGACGCCGAAGCGCUCAUCGACGCAUAUUUCGUCGUGCCGCCUUUGAUCGACCGCCGGCUGACCAGCGCACCUGGAGCACCGAGACGGUGGAUGACAUGUGGUGCCAGCGGAGUUGCUCGUGCGCUAUUAGGAGCUUGCUCGAUGACCUGGGACCGGCGUUGAGGGUGUCCUACCAGUUACAGAAUUUCCAGAGCGGCUUCUUUGGAACCAAACGGGACGGUUUUGACAGCCUCGUUGAAAGCAUUUGCAACUGCUACAGACGAAACCACAGGAGAAGGGAGGCGAUGGCCAUCGUGAUUGCUGCCUGUAGAAGUCAGCUUACACACAGUUUGGAAGAAAUGUUGGGCCCAGUGGUUCCUGCAGGCAACAAGCGCCCAGUGCAGGAGCGCCGGCCUGGGACUUUGCCCGAGUGCUUCAUUGCCGUCUCCGGUGUCCGGCCGCGUGUGCCUCUAGGCUGCCUGCUACUGGUCUCCUCCGAGAAAGCGCUCGACUGCGUCAUAGAAAAUGCGCCUGAGAAGGUGGCCAACGUUUUCCAGGCUGCCCUGCAGCUGGACCCAUUGUGUGUGAAGGCGUCGAACCCGUACUGGAUGGUUCUGCUCAUUCUGGGUGAGCUGGCGGGAACGAUUCUGCUGCAGCCCUUGUCCUACACGUUGAGCUCCGAUCCGGCGCAGAUGCAGCGAGAAACUUGUGAGGGCAAGCUGCUCCUGUUCGUCCAGUGGCCGGAAGACGUCAAUUGUGGCAGCUCGAUGUCGCGCUCUUCUGGCACCGAGCUCAGCGCGAGGGACGAACAGGAGACACAGAACCAUCGCCGGAAGUUGCGGACCAUAGAGCGGGCCGGUCACCCUCUCUCCGGGCAGGUGAGCCUGACGAUCCCCGAGACGGUGGCCAUUGCUGAGCCCUGCAUUGAGCUACCUUUCACGAACGACAUCAACUGA